AAUUCAUCACCAUGUCGUUCCAAAAGCCCGAGAAGGACUUCGGCGAAGGCCCCAAAAUCCACAAGAUCCGCAUCACCCUUACCUCGCGCAAGGUCGCCUCGCUCGAGAAAGUGUGCCAGGAGCUCAUUGACCGCGCACGCAGCAAAUCGCUCAAUGUUAAAGGCCCAGUCAGACUCCCCACCAAGACCCUGAAGAUCUCCACCCGCAAGACCCCCAACGGCGAGGGAAGCAAGACCUGGGAUAUGUACGAGAUGCGCAUCCACAAGCGAUUGAUUGAUCUGCACGCCCCUACCGAGACCGUUAAGCAGAUCAUCAUCAACAUCGAGGCUGGUGUUGAGGUUGAGGUUACCAUUGCCGCAUAGAAGCAGUUUUUCCUCCUCAUGCGGCUUCUUCUCUAUCCCGUAAAAGGGAUGGCGAAUUGACUGGUUGAUGCGCGUGGAUUACCGGGGGUACGAUAUGCUGCGGGUUAAAAAAUAUUUUUGUUACCAGGUAUCUUUUCUCGGAAGGGAUGCGGGUUCUGGUAUAAAAAGAAUAAAGCUAGGACGACAUUUACUGACUGUCUGGAUCCGAGAAUAUUCACUAUUCACUUGGGCGAACGGAGGUGGAGUGCGUCUGUUGCUCUCAAUGUAUAUACACAACCCUGGUAAUCCGGAAUGGAAGAGAACGGAAAGAAAAGCGAUCAAAUAUGAAAAUUACAUGCUUCCCGGAUAGUAUUUUUUUCAUUCUUGGUUCUGCAUCACGGAUGCUUUCGUAAUAUCUGAUGAUCUGGAGAACCCAGUCAGAUAUAUUGAAAACGGCAGGGAACUCCCCAGUUCAUCCAAAUUAACGCCAUAGCAAUCACCCGCAUCUAUAAACUAUUCACCGGAUAUUGAGU